GUGAAUUUUCCUUUUGAACCCAAAACAGAUAUUUCAAAAUCCCCCGAAAGAAGAAGCACGUCAUUGACUUGCCGCUUUCCCCAGUACCAUUGAUACACGUCUCUUAUUAUGUUUUCGAAAUGUUUCUUUUUUAUAUCGGUCAUUUUCUACCUCACAAAUACUGGAGUUGUGGCCUUAUUUGACCCCCUGUCCAUGGGACUGGCGGCUGGUGCCGCACUGGGUCUCUACAAAUUUGAUACGCUUAAAGAUAACACCUACUGCCGAUUUGCUGAAUGCUGCAAUGAACGUUCCAUUCCAGCGGACAUUAAGGGCUUACAACAGGAUUUAGAUGAACAUUUGUUUGGCCAGCACAUUGUCAAGCAACAGUUAAUACCGGCCUUAGAAGCACAUUUCAAAGAGAAGGAGAACUCCAAGAAACCACUGGUGAUUAGUUUUCACGGCACUCCAGGUACGGGUAAGAAUUUCGUUGCGGACAAAAUUGCCCAAAGAAUAUACGAGAAGGGAUCGAAGAGUAAAUUUGUGCGCAAAUAUAUGGGUCGUGGUGACUUCCCUUUGGAAUCAGAUGCCCAUCUGUACAGUGCACGCAUUCUAAAGGAUGCUCGAGAGGCCAUUAGUGCCUGUCCGCGCUCUUUGUUUAUAUUCGAUGAAGUUGAUAAAAUGCCUCCAAUGGUGUUUGAGUCACUGGCAUCUUUAAUUAAUUAUAAUGCCCUAGUUGAUGGUGUGGACAGCACACAGGCGAUUUUUAUUUUUCUCUCCAAUACUGCCGGAGUACACAUAUCAGACAAACUGGGAAAGCUUAUCAAGAGUGGGACAUUACGUGACAAAACCCGCCUUAGUGAUUUUGAGCAAAUUCUGGAAAAAGGGGCCUAUAACUUGGAUGGUGGCCUCAAGAAGACCAGUCUCAUAGAAUCACAUUUAAUUGAUCAUUUUAUACCUUUCCUGCCUUUGGAAAAAUCCCAUGUUUACAAAUGUGCCCAGGCGGAAUUUGCAAUAUGGGGCAAGACCCCCAAAGAUGAAGUCGUAGAGCGAGUUGUGAACGACUAUAUCACUUAUGACCGCGUCCAUGGCAUAUUUGCCACAUCGGGUUGCAAGAAACUGGGUAAAAAAGUUGCCGUAGAGGCUAUGUCGCCGGAUUUAUAAUAAUGUAUAACAUUUUGUAUAGAUUAAUAAUUUAUUGUAAUUGAAACUAUUAAGCAUAUUUUUUGUUCUAAUUGUUGUAAUAAAGUGCUUUUCUACCAUGGGUUUUGCCAUUUUAAA